AUGGCGUUUGAUAGCUGGAAACCGGUUAUCAAGUUUCAAAAUGCUCUUGGAGGAGUUCAGUUUAUUUUGUCUGUUGGAUCGCUGAGUUACAUUCUUGACACUUUACGAAAGUAUCAUGACAAAGAUAGACUGAACUUCAACUGCGAUCCCAAACCCAGUGAUUUUAUCAGACAACGUUGCUAUAACAGCUACAUUUCCACAGUUACCAGGCCUCAUGGGUUGAUACCUGGGAAUAUCGUUGCCGUAACACUCGGUGUUUUGUGUUUAUGCUGGGUCAGCUUUGCAAUUUAUGGUGCUGUGGUCUUACGAAAAAGACCAGGAGACAGAAAUAACAGAAACGCAAAAAAAUUUCGUCGCAUCUACUUCAUCCAUGUAUUCUUUCGAAUAUUGUUCCUGGGUGUUAUGUUAGGGCUGGUCUGCAGUUACCACACACUUUCUUUGCCUUCCGUUUUUAAGUGUGAUGUUAAUCAGAUCCUACAGACCAACAGUAAAACCACGCCAAUUCCUCUCAACCAGACAAAAAUAACAUUGCAAUGUAAUGAUGUUUAUCACAAGGAGAAAUCAAACCAAAAUAUAGCUUUUAUCUCUGUUUGUGCCAUUGUCAUGGUGCUUAGUAUAUGCGAAGUCCUACACUUGGGCCGUAACAGGAAGGACUUUCUGCAAGCGCUCAUUGGUGAUGACAAGUUACUGCCAAGUUUACCUGAGAAACCAACCAUCACAAAUACAGAAAUAGAAGUUAACAAGGAUUUCGUUGUUACCUGGUCAGAAGCUGACGCCAACAGCAGUAAUUGCUGCAUUACAUAUCGUCUGGAAUAUUGGAAACAAUCCAUGACAGGAUCCACAAAAAUCUGUCAACCUGGAAAUAUUGUUGAAACUCGCCACACGAUAACUGGUCUUGAGUAUGACACAGAGUACGAAGUGAAACUGUUUGCUGUCAACGAACAAGGAGACAGUGAGCCAGAUGUCAGAACAUUUAAGACAAAGAGUGGUAUGUACCUUUAUUUAAGACUUCUCACUUUACUUUUGGUAGAACUGUUUGAAAUGAAAUUAAAUAAGUACUGUUGGGUCCUAACUACAGGAGUAGCACUGCUUCUCAUGGGGCGAAGAAUUGUGAAACUUUGUGACAACAGUUUUAAUACUCAUGCUGCAGCUCUUGUAUAA